AUGUGGCGCGAGGUACGUGAGGCAGACACAGAUAUGGGUAUACAGGGAUUAUGGCAGGUAUUGGAACCGGUAGCUGAACCGGUAACCUUGGAAUCCCUCGAAGGGAAGCGCCUUGCAAUUGAUAUUUCAAUCUGGCUUUAUCAAGCAGAGUAUGGUUAUUCGGAACGUCAGCUGAGUGCGAAAUGCCCGCAUUUGUCACUAGUACUACGGCGUCUCGCGAAACUUCUGUUUUACAAAAUACGACCACUAUUUGUUUUCGAUGGUCCAAAUGUGCCUAUAUUCAAAAAGAAAUUAUUGCGUGAUCGCCAAGUGAAACGCUAUGUGGAAGAACUAACAAUGACCAAAGCACAGAAACAUGUCCUACAACAGCUAGCCUUAUCACAGCUGCGUCUGUACUCUUUUUAUAACAUCGACGAUGGGGAACAACGAUUAGAUGAAUUAAGCGAAAUAUUUGCUUCACAUGUAAGGAAACAUCGAGAUGAUGAUUUGUUCGACGUAUCGAUUCCAUCGACAUCAAGGGAUAAAAUAAAGCACAAAAAUAUGUCGGACGAAGAAAUAAUAUGUUCUUCUUUUGAAUCAUCGCGGUCGUCUGAAUUCGAUCAAACUGAAUUUGAGAGCCUAACCACUCGCGAUGACAGAGUUGAUUACUUGUUGGCUGUACGGGACAAAGUUAGAGGUCUCAAACUAGCAGAGGUUCCAGAUGAUUCAAAAGCCUUCAGUAAUUUGCAAAUUAGUAGGUUGAUGAAAAGAAAUCAGAUAAAUGAGCAACUUCAGUUGAUUGACGAGGAAAAAGAGGCGAAGAAGAAAGAUUUAAUGGACUCACCAGCUUGGCCAGCAUUUCUGGAAAAAAUUAAAGAGGAGAAGGAUAAUGAAAAAGCAGAAAAAGUGUUUUCUUAUGAGGCUGCUAAUUCCGAUGAUCUUAAAGUUAGAGCUUAUCCUAAUGACCGUGAUAGUGAUGAUUAUGACGACGCUUUGCAAGAGGCCAUACAUGCUUCACUUCUCGAAAACUCAGUCGAGAAAUGCGGUAAAUUCCAAAUGGCUAUGCAUAGCUACAAUCACGAAUCUAAAGGAGAUAUGAUCGAACGAUUACGUACAGCAUUCACUGCAAGGGCUAGGGAUUUACGUCACGAUACAUGGUCUUCAACAUCAAGCGAGAGUAGUGAUGAGUUUAUUGAAGUACUUCCUGAAUUAUCAGAACAUUUCUUUGAAAAAACCGAUUCUUCAUCUAAAACGAAAACAACCAAAAUUUCAACUGAAUCUGAAGCAAAGCAAUGUCUCAUUAAUGAUAAGGAGCACAUCCGUGAUAAGAACAGCUGUGUCGAUGACUCACACGUCGAAUCGGUACUUCAAGAAUCACCGAUCUGCAUUAAUCCUGUUGACGAUGUAGAUAUUUUCGUCCCGAUAAAAAAAGAAGGAAUUUAUAAAGAUUGUCAAGAUUUGUUACGUAUUUGCGGGAUACCGUUUGUUAUUGCUCCUGGUGAAGCCGAAGCUCAAUGUUGUGAACUUGAAAGAUUGGGUCUCGUCCAGGGAAUAAUUAGCGAUGAUUCCGAUGUUUGGUUAUUUGGCGCCACUGUUGUUUAUAAAAAUAUGUUCAAUCAAAAGCGAAGAUUGCAAAUGUACAGUAUGAAAACUAUUCAUAAUCAAUUAGGUUUGUCUCGUUGGGAAGCAGUGCAAAUAGCUUUACUCUCCGGUGGCGACUAUACUAAUGGUUUAGAAGGUGUUGGAGUCGUUGCAGCAUUGGAACUGAUUUCAGAGUUUGCCACUGCUUCUCGAAACAUAGAUGUCGACCCUUCUCAACAGGCCUUUGAAAACCUGAACCGUAUAUCAGCCUGGUUAAAUCAUCGUGGUACUUGGGAUAAUUUGCCAACAAAUAAUGAUUGUAUCAGUAAUCAGGAUUUAGAGAAAAAGGAAUUCAUAGAAAACAGACGACGAUUGAAGUUAAGACGGUUAAUUGAAAAAAAUAACACUGCUGAGACUCUGGAUGCGUUUCCUUCUCGUGAAGUAUUUAACGCAUAUACGAAACCUUUGGUUGACAGUUCAACGGAGAAUCCGAAGUGGCGGAAUAUUAGUAUGGAAGAAUUAGAGUUGUUUGUUUGGGAGAAACUGGGAUGGGAUGGGAAGCACUUGGAAAAGCAAACAAAUCAUUCGUUGCUGAAGUGGAAUGAGUAUUUGAAUCCAGCUGCUGGUGGAAGUGGACAAUCGUACCAGAUGCAUAUUACAUCAUUUACUCAUCGUUUGGAGAAAUCCGAGCAAGAUCAACGUUUAUUUUUAACAGCACGGGUUCGGGCUGCUCUGGAUCGUUUAAUCACCAUUAAAAAUUCUCAAAAUCAGCUUCCAUCGGAAAGUGCUGUGAAUAACUGCGCUGCAGAAAUGAAGGUGGCUUUUAUAUCGAAGUAA